CUUCCGCACUGUAUCUGUGACGCAGCUUGCUGAUGGCUCGGCAGUCGCCAGCAUUCGACGAUAAGAGUCAGGAUGGCACAACAGCAAGCGCAACAAGGCGUCGGACAGUGGACCCGGGACGAACACCGGAGGUACCUCCGUGCGAUCCAGCUCUACCCACAGGGACCUUGGAAGUCGGUCGCCGACUACAUUGGCACGCGCACGGCGCGUCAGACACAGACGCAUGCGCAAAAGCACCGCGAGAAGCUCUCGCGUCGACGACGAGGCCUGCUUCGGAAACGAGCGACCUCCGACGAGUGGCUCGACGAGUACGGGUCGUCGCCGUCGCCGCAGCUCGACCCAAGUCAGAGCCACACCGUGCCGAACACGGCCGAACCCGAGUAUCGCGUGGCCAUGAUUCCGCCCAUUGCUGUCGCAUCGACGCACGCCGAGCUGCCACCGCCUGCCGUCUAUCGACCGCACUUUGACGGCGCGCUUGCGUCGGACGACACGCUCACACUGCCGCCGUACCCCCGAUCCAUGGCCGAGGACAAGUACCAGCCGUUCGCGUACACACCGUACACCCAGCAGCAGCACGAUGCGUACCCAGCAGCGUACACCUCGAGUAGCUACCAUGAUCCUCGUUUUCAAAGCAGUGCUUCCUCCUACGCGCCGAUGGCGUACCCGCCCGCGCCCCACCUGCAGCACAUGGAGCAUCAUCCGCCCGUGCCCAUCGACGAGAUGCUCCUCGAAUACUUUGGCGACGAUAUCCGCCGGUACGGCGCAGCGCCGUCUUUGCACCGUCACUCGUAGCGAGAAGAUAAAACCAAGCUUAGAAUCUUUGACAGAGUCCAACGUUCCGGUCGUGACAGACAAUAAGGGCCGAAUAUUUGACGCGGAUGUGGACGUUGGCCUUGGCCACACAUAUAGCGUUCAAGUA